UUUAUCUGCAGAAAAGUUCAGUUUCCGUCAAGCCAUGAUUUGUUACAUAGAUUCAGAUCAUGCAUAGCAAUAAAAAUAACUUUUUUGUGAUGGAGAGCGAUGAAAAUAUAUGCGCGGUUUCACGGGACCGCAGAAAUGCCAGGAUAAUCAUGUUCCCACAUAAUUAAUGUUGCUUUCUGCAAAUUUUAUUCUGCCUCUUACUUCAUCAUGGUCGUCCUCGGAUUAAGAAUAGUAAAUGUACAAAGGGCGGUCACACACUCUCCUAAAGGACGUCCCUGUAAGAGCCCCAUUAAGUGCUACCGUAUAAAAAAAGAGAUCAGCAAAACUAAUCAGUUAAAUUAUUCUCUGGUAUGACGUGUGUAGGCAUCCAUACAUUUCAUUUGUAGGUGGCACCAAGAAUCGACAGAAACCAGUGGAGUUAGCUUUUCACCUUAAGUGGGCAAUUUCAAGAUUUGAGCCAGCAAUUCUUGGGUUGAUUGAAAUCACCUUCCUUUGAGUCUAGCUAAUUUAGAAGAGAGAGAGAUGGUUUGGAGGAAGGAACACUUGGACCUAGUCUUGGUUCCUUGUGGGUUAUCUGUUAUGCUUGGCUACCAUUUCUUCCUUCUUUACAGGUGCCUAAGAUGUCCACAGACCACUGUGAUUGGCUAUGAGAACCACUGUAGAUUAGCUUGGGUAGAGAGAAUGUUGCAGUUUGAUUUGUAUGCGCAGACUGAAGCAAACAACAGAAAUAUACCUUUGUCCGUGAUUUCGAGCACCAUAAAUGCUUCGACUUCUCUGGCAUCAAUUUCCUUGGCUCUAAGCUCACUAAUUGGUGCGUGGUUCGCGAGCUCUUCAAACAGCAUCUUGACUAGUCCUUUCGUAUAUGGCGACACGAGUCCUACUAUUAUUUCCAUCAAGUACAUCAGCCUUCUGAUAUGCUUCCUGCUUGCCUUUACAUUAUUUGUCCAAUGCGUACGCUGCCUGGUCCAUUCCAAUUUCCUGAUCAGCAUGCCGAAUAGCGAUGUUCCAGUGAAGUACGUGCAGAGGGAAGUGAUAAUGGGAGGUGUGUUCUGGUCCAUCGGUCUUCGGGCACUCUACUUCGCAACCACUUUGCUGUUGUGGAUCUUCGGUCCAAUACCUAUGUUUGUUUCCUCAAUAACCAUGGUCAUGAUGUUGCACUUCCUCGAUACUAACUCUACCCCGCUACAUCAAUUUCAGCCGGCUUGUCUCCUCUAGUAAAAGGGCCUUUGAGCUUUGUAGAAGUUUGAAUUUUGGAUGCAUGACAAUGUUCUCUAGGAUUUCCUAGAUCAUCAUGUGGAGACAUUUUUUAGAUGGAAAAGUUUUUCAAGUCGACAAGAUGCUGAAAUGAUGCACGUUUUGUCCUAUACUUUUUCAGGGUAGCAAAUUGCGCUAGUUCGGGGUGUCAUUCUA